GAAUGUCCUACAUAGCAGCAAUGCUCCUAAUGAACAUGCAGGAAGAGGAUGCUUUCUGGGCUUUUGUUGUGCUACUGGAAAAGCCCAAGUACCUGGCUGGAUUUUAUGAACACUCAUUAGAUACAAUCCAAAGGCAUGCCAAAAUCUUUCAACAGCUGCUGAAACAUCGAAUGCCCUGCCUCUGGCAACACAUGGAGAAUUUGGAAGUGGCACCGUUACUGUUCAUCACCACUUGGUUCCUCACUCUCUUUACAUCCUUGCCUUGCUGGGAUUCGGUGUUGGCCAUCUGGGAUCUAAUCAUUCUAGAUG